AGUGAAAUGAGAGCAAUGUUUCUUUGCUGACGGUAUUUGAGACAGCUUAGGGUUCUUGCAAGCUUAAUAUUAAAUCUAUUUCCAUCUAAUUAUUUGAAAUAUAAAAUUCAAAUUUAAAUAUGACUGAACAAUUGCAAUUAAGAGGUACUUUACGGGGCCAUAACAAUUGGGUUACCCAAAUUGCGACGAACCCAAAAUUUCCAGAUAUGAUUUUGUCAUCAUCUAGAGAUAAGACUCUUAUUAUGUGGAAAUUGACUCGUGAAGACACUAACUAUGGUGUACCUCAGAAACGUCUUCGUGGUCAUGGGCAUUUUGUUACAGAUGUUGUCAUGUCUUCUGAUGGACAAUAUGCCUUAUCUUGUUCUUGGGAUAAGACUCUCCGUUUGUGGGACUUAACUUAUGGAAAGACAACUAGAAGGUUUGAGGAUCAUACUAAAGAUGUUCUUAGUGUUGCCUUCUCAGCUGAUAACCGACAAAUUGUUUCUGGAUCACGAGAUAAAACAAUCAAAUUGUGGAAUACCUUGGCCCAAUGCAAAUAUACAAUUCAAGAAGAUGGCCACAGUGAUUGGGUGUCUUGUGUAAGAUUUUCUCCAAACAACAAUAAUCCAAUCAUUGUGUCUUGUGGUUGGGAUCGUUACGUAAAAGUUUGGAAUCUUACAAAUUGCCGUCUAAAAACAAACCAUAUUGGUCAUCAUGGGUAUUUGAAUACUGUUACUGUUUCUCCUGAUGGUUCCUUGUGUGCUUCUGGAGGAAAGGAUUGCAAAGCAAUGUUGUGGGAUUUGAAUGAAGGCAAACAUCUUUACACAUUGGACCAUACAGAUAUCAUCAAUGCUUUAUGCUUCAGUCCCAACCGAUAUUGGUUGUGCGUUGCUACUGGUCCUAGUAUCAAAAUUUGGGAUUUGGAAGGCAAGAAUAUGGUUGAUGAACUAAGGCCUGAAGUUAUAACUAACAGUGCUAAGGCUGAGCCUCCACAGUGUAUUUCUAUGGCUUGGUCUGCAGAUGGUCAGACAUUAUUCGCUGGUUAUACGGACAAUUCUAUCAGAGUAUGGGCUGUAAGUCCAUCAGCUCGCUGAUGUAUGAGUGAUAAAAAAAUAAAUAUUUGAAGAAAGA